AUUUUCACAAUUUGCAAAAGAAAUGGAAAAAGAAUAUAGAAUUAAAAAUAUUUGUUGAAGGGAGAAAUCGAGCUAAAUUAACAAAAGAAAAGGGAUAAAGCACAUAAAGUUAAAAACCAACCUUCCAUAUAAAGUUAAAAACCAACGACACAUACAAAAAUUUAAAAAAAAGUGUAAAGUUCUAUGGAAAAUUUAAUAAAUAUUGCACGGUUUAAAAAAAAAAAAAAGGAAAAAUUGCACAGUUAUUGAAAUAUUGCUUAGUUCUAUAAUUUAUUGCACAUAUCCCAUCUCUUAUAAAUGCUUAAUGCAUUCGAAGGGAAUGCAGAGACUAAACCCUUUGUUAUUUUGCUAUUGUCAAAAUAUUGCACAAUUCUGAAAUCACAACGCUGAGUAAAUUAUUGCACACCCCCUUCUAGUGUCAAAAUGAGUGCCCAAAACCUCUACAAGUGCAUGUUGUGCAAAAAACGCCAUGCCCUCAGAUACUGCCCAAUUUUCAUCCAGAUGACGGUGGAGGACAGGAGGGUAGUAGUUCGACAGCACAACUACUGCCGAAAUUGUCUGGCGAAAAGCCACACAAUUGAUGACUGCCAGUCGGCAGAUACUUGUCGAAAAUGUGGGUUUCGGCAUCACACCAUGCUGCACCCACGAAAACUCACCUUCAACUCCAGCAGCUCUACCAUCACCACCAAAUCGACCUCAUCAAGACAACAACCCCAAAAGAAACCACCAACUUUAGCACGGCCUCGACGACAACAAUCAACAUCAACUCCGGCCCAACGCAAACAACCAGCUAAAUCACGCCUUGGCCAACGUCAACACACAGCCUCAGCUGGUCAACAACAGCGACAACCCAAAAAACGCUACAGGUCUCAGAGUCAAAGAGGCCGCCUGCCACCAAAGCCAAGACCUCAGCAAAAGCCAAGACCUCAACAGAAGCCAAAGCCACAGAAAGCCAAAAAAGAACGCUCAGCAGCCCCUCAACCGAAUUACUUGAUACUGUCAGAGGCUAUAAAGUCCUUGGCGACCGUACUUUGCGCUUCCUCAUCAAAUUUUGCGUAACCGCAAGGCCGGCGCCAUGGACAAAUUUGCAUUUGUCCCUUAAAAAUUAAGAACAUAUCGUAGAAUAAGUUGUAUGAAUUAUUGAAUUGUAUUGUGAAUUGAUAUGAAUUGUCUAGCGUAUAAGAGAUCCUUUUUUGCCAUCCGUACUAGAUUGUAAGACUAUUGUGAAUUGUUAGUUAUAAGCCUUUUAGUACUGCAGCUCACUUGCCCUUUCUGUAAUUUUUAAAACUUCACUUCUUACACAACCGCAGCAAGGUGAGCAUCCACACUUUUUUCUCCUCUCCUAAUAACACCCUUACCUUUGUAAUCUCGCAACCGAAA